AUGGCCACGUUUCUGCUCUUCCUCAUACUUGCCCUCGCCGCCGGCAGCAGCAACCACGGAGGAGCAGCUGCUGCCGCCGGCGACGCCCGACCUGCCCUUGCCGUCAUGACGCUGCACAGUCACGAUCCCGAGAGCCCCUCCGUGGCCUUCCAGACCCACGACCUCUCCUUCGCCGGCUUCACCAACGGGGGCGGCCACUGGCAGGCUUUCCCAGGCCUCGCCCACCUGUUCCCGACGUCCACGCCCCUCCCGUUCGGCAGCAGCUACGACGACCUCAUCGGCGGCCUCGCCAACCUGCUGGGGGUGCCCCUGGGGCGGCAGGCCAUGGCCGACGCCGCCAGGGUGCUCUCCGCCUACGACCCGUCCGCGGCCGCGGUCACCGACGUCGAGCCAGUCAAGCGCGCGCUGGCAGCGCUCAAGGUGAUGCUAGGCGAGGCGCAGCGGCUACAGCCCAUCCACGAGACCGUCGUUCGCGGGUGGGAGAGCGAGUCCCGCGUCGCGCCCGAGCACCUGCCCUACAUCGACCACUGGGACACCAUAUCCUACGAGAUCAUCCGCGCCAACCGGACGGGCAAGUGGAACGGGCCCUUCGCCAAGAUGCUGGAGACCCAAGCCAACAUCCGCAGCCAGGAGGAGGCGCUCGCCGUCGUCCGGGUGCUGCUCCAUGCCGACUUCGAGCAGGUGCUCGAGGCUCACGGCACCAAGAUCAACUUCCAGUAAACAUGCAUGCACGCUGCUUUAGAAUUCAGAUUUGUGCUCCAUCUCGUAUCGAGUCUACGUUUCUUUUAUUAACCAUGUUCGUGUUGUUACUUCACUCAGCUUGUGAGCUUCAAUAUGUUCUGCUCACGAAAUACAAUGGUGCUAAAACUUUGACAUUUGAAAUUUAUGUUGAAACUCUGAA